AUGAACACGAAUCUGUCUGGAAUGCGUGAGUCCACUGCUCUGUGUUACGAUUCUCUGAACAACUCGUGUCUUCGUACCAUAUACCCUCUCGGCCUGCGCCUUUCACUCUACUUCUUCUUCACCACCAUCUUCAUCCUCACUGUGAGCGGAAACCUGUUAGUCAUCCUUGUCAUCUACGUUUCUCAGAAUCUCCUUCCAACAGCCACCAAUCAUCUUAUCCUGUCUCUGUCUUUGGCUGGGUUUCUGAUCGGAGGGUUUGUGAUGCCACACAGCAUGAUGCGUUCCGUCGAAUCCUGCUGGUACUUUGGUCUAACUUUCUGUGAAUUUCACACCACUGUUGAUGUUGUGCUGUGUAACACUUAUCUUCAUCUUACCUUCAUCUCUAUUGAUCGGUACUUGGCUAUAUUUUAUCCUCUGCACUACAGAAUCCUGAUGACCAACAAAACCGGUGCAGCCAUGAUCAUUUCCAGCUGGGGCCUUGCGUUAGGGUUUGGCUUCGCCAUUGUCAUUUCAAAUCCACAAGUCAAGAUCAGGGGUGAUUUUUACAAAUCCUGUGUGGGGGGGUGCUUUUCUUUGCAUGCCAAAGAAAUCGGGCUAGUAUAUUCUAUUAUUUUCUACUUUAUCCCUGUAUGUAUCAUAAUCUCUGUGUACAGCAGGAUAUUUUUUGUGGCACAAAGACACGCUAAAGUGAUUCAUGGCUACAGUAAAGGCCCAAAUCUUUCUGCCCCACUGACAACUAAAGAUCUCAAAGCAACCAAAAUCCUUGCUAUAGUCGUCGGAACCUUCCUUUUUUGCUGGACACCAUUUUUUAUAUGUAAUAUUAUUGACCCACUAAUAGGCCAUUCGAUCAAUACCCUUUUGUAUGAGUCUCUUAUGUGGGUCGCGUAUUUAAACGCGAUGUUUAACCCUUUAAUCUACGUAUUCUUUUAUAGCUGUUUCAGGAAAACUGCAAAGGUCCUUCUGAGCAAACUGCUCAUGCAGAUGUAG